CCCAACGACCGCCCCGUUCCCAACGUGUCCUCCGCCGCCGCCGCUCUCGACGCGCUCAAGUUUCCUCCUCAACGACCAUCGUAACGAUCUCACGAGAACUCACAGCGCGAAUGCCAGUCCCUCUCACACAAGGUCCCGAAGAGAACUGGGACGACGACUUCGAGUUCAACCAGCGCAACUCGCGCGGCGAUGGUGCCCUACCUGACGGCGCACGCGCAGAGCCCACGACACCGCUCUCCAAGGACCGCAAAAACACGCUGAAGCGUUGGACCGAGGCGGGCCCUUCCACGCCGUCCAAGCGGUCGUCCGAGCAGCACGAGAACUGGGACGACGACUUCCGCGACAGCACAGACUCGCCGGCGCGUGGGCGGCCGCGCGUGCAGCACGCCGCGACGGACGAGCACGAGAAUUGGGACGAGGACUUUGCCGACGGCGGCCGCUCGCCCAAGGGCAAGGCGAGGUGGGGAUCGUCAGACGACGAGGAGGACGACUACGGGUUCGCUGCGUCGGAGGAGGACAGGACGGUUACGUCCAAGACGCGCGGUGUGCCCCUGCAUUUCGGUGAAGUCCCUCCAGUUCCUCCCCUGCCCUCGUCCCUCCCGCACUCGCCGACGCCAUCGGUGUUCUCCAUGCCGGUCUCGUCCAAUGGCCAUCGCGACUCUAUGGCGUAUUCAACGGCAUCGCACACCCAUCUGCUCUCGACGGGCAACUCGGCGCUUGCGCUCCUCCCUCCAAGCCCGCCCAUUCACCGCGAGCGGAGACGUCUGCGCAAGAAGUCAAGACCCCCGCCAAAUGGGGCCCCAGGCGUGUACGAGCUGGAGGAGCUCCCUGACGACCUCGGCCAAGCACUGACACAGGCGCCCACGACGCCCGAGAAGCGUGCCAGUCUCUCGCUCGAGGACCUACCCCCCGAAGUCCCGCCGCCCAUCACCCCCGGUCCCUCUGCCGGCUCAAGCAAGACCCCGCUGCUUUCGCGCAUCGGCUCGGUCGGCAAGAAGUGGGGAGCGGGUCGCAAGAAACGCGCGAGUACGGGGCCGACGGAGGUCGCGCUGCAGGAGCACCACUCUGAGAGGGCGCGGGAGCCCGAGCGCGGGCGAGAGCAGGUCUCGCGUCCGCAGUCCGUCGCGGGAUCCAUCCCCUCGUCACCACCAGCCACGUCGCAAUCGAAGGGGAGCUGGUUUUUUCGCGGUGGCGGCGGCGGUGGGCCGGGGCCUCCGCCUCCCGCUCCGGUGACGCUCGAGCACAAGACUAGUGUAGACCGCCUGCUGGCCAUGGCGGGCAUCGAGCGCACUCCACCGACGUCGCCGCGUAAGGGCAAAACGCACUCGAAGGACCUCAAUACCGACAACACGGGCUCGAUCAGGCUUACGGAUGGCAGCACUGUGUCUUCGUCGGCUCUCUUUUUCGGGACGCCGAAGCGGAAACCGUCCCGACCCAUGUCAGUACAGGCGCCGCAGCUGCAGCCCUCGAGCUCGCAGGGGUCGAGCUCUGGGUCAAGCUGGGCGAGCUCACGUCCGCCUGUUCCGCGGCACGCAUCGUACGGGCACGACCUCGGCAGGAGGCCAGCGACGCCGAGCAGUCGCGCGAGCUCCAAGCAACGUUCAGCAUCCGCGAGCGUGGCAUCAGCCAGUGUGGAAGAUGUGAGUAGGAGCGAUCGCAGCAUGACCGUUCGCGAGGGCCGGCGGGACCGAGGCCCACAUCGACGGCGUGUCACAGACUCACAGGGCCCAUCGGAAACCGAGUCAGCCGAACAGGAGUCGAUCAAGACGAAGGAGGGCAGUCGAAGCUUCAUGGGCGGGAUGCGGCGCAUCAGCCUCGGCGCGACGAGCAAGCACAAGCGCACACCCAGCAAGGUGCCCGAGCAGCAGACGCGCAAGUCGUCCGGUGCUGCGACUAUUCGCGCCGAGAAGGAGCCGGCGGAGGACACGACACCUCGGCCGCCGUCGAGGGUGAUUCGUACGUCGCAGGAUGCGCCUCUCCUCCCGCCCAUCGAGCUCCAACCUCCAUCACCCCCACGCGACGCCAGGCGUGACCACUUAGACUUGAGCAAGCUCUUCAAGCCACACCCAACACUCGAGCCGUCCCGCUCUCAUCCAGCGCUCUCGUCAUCCCGCUCGGCGACCCCUCUGGCAUCUCGUCCCUCGGCAGAGGUCGUACCUUCGAUGUCGCCCAUCCCAUCACCACUGCCGUCGCCCACGAAAUCGAAGCUUGCGUCGUCUCCGGGGCAGGUAGCGUCGUUAGGUAGGGCAACGCAACCUCCGAAGGAAGUGGAGAAUGUCGGGAGUGGAUCCGUCCCGAGAAGGAAUUCGUUGGGCGAUCUGAAGAUCCCUGCGAGGAUCAGUCAGGCACAGGUCGGACUGCGUAGGGAUCUCGGGAUGGUACGGGAAUUUGCAGCCAGCAUUGAGCAAUUGAAGCAGCUGCAACAGACGUACCAUUCGCUUGUCGGCGAAAUCCAGUCCGUUAUGUACGGCGAGCAACCUCCUGGCGCACCGUCUCGGGCUCUCACACCCACCCUGUUCGGCUUGCCAAAGCCAUCCUCAAGAGUACGCUCGAACACCAAUCCGGCCCCUUCGCCCGUCCCGCAGUCACCUCACGAGCUCAUUAUCGUGUUCCACUCCGUCGAAAGCAAGUACCAGAUAUCGUGGGAGUGCGCAGAGUUACUUAUUGAGCUGGGGAGCGGUGCACCUCCACACCCUUCGUCCGCACCGACGCCUGACCCAGCGUCUACUUCAGCACCCGCUAUCUUGCCUGACGGUCGAAAAAGCCGUGAACGGGCUGUCACUCUCGCAGGUGAUGAACCCAAGCCUAUCAUAAUUGCACCUGGGACGGUGAGCUCUCCCCCACUUGCGAGUCCGCCGAAUACAGCGCAAUGGCGUGCGUCGACCGGGAGACACGACCUUAGUUCUCGGCAGCUGCUUUUGCUCCGUGACAUGCUCAAUAACACCGACAGCUCCGCGACGAUGGAUUCACGUCUACCUAUUCCGGAAGAGGACUGGAGCUCGGCGCAAGUGAACCGUACGUGGCACUGGGGUGAUCCCAUGAGUAGCACUGUCACGCUUCCUAGCGAGGACAGCACUCAGGUGAGCGGCUUGGGCGCGUCUGCAGCAGCCGCUGCCGCCAAGAAGCAGAAGCGGAGGAGCAGCAAGUUAGGCAUGCGCGGGAUUCGAGACAUGCUAAAGAGUUUGAAGAAGAGCUACGCCGAGAACCCCCCGACAUCGCUGUCACCUAUUCCUCCGUCCACGACGUCUGUCUCUGCUAGCACUGGGAGCUCGAUCAACAACAUGGGCACGGAAUCCUGGCACCAGAGUCUGGUACAAAGGAGACGUGCCAAGACGAGUACAGGUCCCGAGUCGAUGAAAUCCACGCGAGAACGUGAUCGUCACCCGAACUCGCCCUACGCAACGUCCAUGUCCCUCCACCGAUCAUCUCCUCGCCGUCCCUCCCUAGCGUCGAUCUUCCGUAUCGGCCAGAAGAACAAGUCUCACGCAGGCAGCAACGAACAGUCGUCUGAUGACCUGCGCUCGUCGAACCCGAGCUCCGCCACGUCAGGCGGGGCUAGCGGGCUGACGGAGGAAGACGGCGAGGAGGAUUGGGAUCAGGUCGAGUCCGCGUUUGAUUUGGAGCGGGCAGCACGCAUGCUGGAAAAAUCAACAGCAACAGAUACGACAGGUACUGCCACUGUCCGUGGACGCCUGAGGAAAGACAAAGGCAAGUCACCGUACCUCACCCAGCGACAUCCCCACGAUCGAGACCGCCACGGCCGCCCUAUCACACCGCGCUCUCCCGAAGCUUCGCAAUCGUCGGUGUGGAGUAAUGAACCGUCACCACAUUCUACCUCAGCCCUUCCUCCGUCGUCUAUCCUUGGCUCACCGACCUCGCGCCUCAAACAAUUGACCAGCAGCCGAAAAGCUCGCCCACCUUCCCGAGGCACCGAACGUACUACUGGGCCCAGCCCGAGCCCAAGUAGUCGACGACAGUCCAGCGGGUCGCGACAGCGUGUCCCUAAGGGUGGUCAGACCGGAAGUGUGCGCUCCGCGCCGCCGCAAGUAGUCACAGAUCCGGAAGCUGGCUCGGGCUUGGCAGAACUGGGUGACUCAAAAUUGGCGAUGACGCCAGAGAACAUCCGGCCGCUGCUCGAGAAUGCACGGGAAGUGCAUGCGCGAUGCAGCGAGUGCAUCGUCGAGCUGAGAUCGCUACUCGCAACGAGUGUCCAACUCGUCGGAUCCGCGCCGUCCUCGGCACCGUCCAGAGCGACGUCGCCCUUAGGCCCUCAUCCCUGACGUACGCGUCUGCUCAUACCACUUCUUAUUUCACGUACUUAUUCUCUUACAUUGGACAUUCGUUCUGAUACACCCUGCAUCGUGCAUUGGUAUCCUUCCUCUGCGAAUCAUCGCCCUUCUGUUUCUCCUCAUCGUCGUUAUUACCUCUGCUCUCGCAACGCUAUCCUGCUGCUCAGCGCAUUCACGGUACAUCAUGUAGAGUCACGCGCAUUUAUGUGUCAUAUAACGACUGCAUCUUCACGUAUAUCAUGCUUUUUACGCCGGACAUGUGCCUGUCCAGCGAGAUGGAG